UGUAAUUUGUAAUUUCCAUUCAUUUUCAAGUCGUUUCCUCUGAGCGGUUCGGAUUUUGUUUCUUCAACAAAUAUUAAUUAAAAUACCUGAAAACUCAAUAUUUUAUACGAAUUUUCUUGCUUUGCCUUUAAAUUACAAAUAAAAUGUCUGAUUUCCGCUCAAACUAUAGAGAUGAUCGCUCUAGUUCAAAUAAACAAGAUGAGCCUCCAAUGUCUCGGCUUUUCAUCAUCGGCAACAAGGAAAACACGGAAGAUGAUCUCCGUGACGCAUUCAGUAAAUUUGGUGAUAUUGAAGAUGUUUGGGUGGUGAAGGACAAAAAGACUGGCGACAACAAAGGAAUUGCUUAUGUGAAGUUUUCCAAAACCUCAGAAGCCGCUCAGGCACAAGAGGAAAUGAAUGGAAAACGUAUCGGCAAGUUCGAUCGUCCUGUUAAAGUUAUUGUUGCAGCAAAUAAAAAUCAAGGGCGGACAGAUAACGAACCCGACAGAUACGUUCGUCUCUUCAUUGUCGUUCCCAAAAAUGCCACCGAGGACGACAUUCGCGAAGAAUUCGAGAAAUAUGGAGAUGUAGCUUCUGUUUCGGUUAUGCAAGAUCGACAAACAGGAAAUUCCAAAGGUUUUGCUUAUGUCAAAUACGACAGCUUUUACCACGCCGCUCUUGCUUUUGAGAAUUGCCCAGCCAAAUACAAAGCUGUAUUUGCCGAACCAAAGGUUUCUCGAAACCGAGAUGGUGGUGGUCGUGAUGGCGGACGUGAUAGUGGCCGUGAUGGUGGUCGAGAUGGACGUGAUAGGCAUCGUGAUGAGUCCUUCAAUCGCAACAGCGAUUGGGGCAAUAAUAAUGGCAACAAUAUGAAUAAUGCCAGCAGCGAAAUGGCAUCAUUUCUAAAGAUGCAAAGUUCUAAUGAUCAACAAACUACUACUCUGGAUGUAAUUUGCAGUUGUAACAUUAACCAGGAUCAACUUUGGCGCUUGUUUGACAUUGUACCAGGUUUGGACUAUUGUCAGAUAACUAGAGAAGAUGGACCCAGAACAAAUGAAGCAACUGUCGCUUAUAACACUCCAGAAGCUGCAAUUUAUGCAAAAGAGAAGAUCCAUGGCUUGGAGUACCCGAUUGGUGAGAGAAUGAUUGUAAAAUUCUCAGUUAUAAAUCCCCGCUUGGACAAUUCUAUGAUGAAUGUGCCCGUUUCCUUGGAACGUAAUCAUAAUUCCAUGUGCAGUGUUAACUUGCCACCAGCAGCCCCAAUGGCUUCUGCAGAUGCGCCAGUUGCUCGCAGGCUUUUUAUUGUACUCUCAUCGAGUAUUCCACAAGCAAUUUUGAAGAACGUGUUCUCUUGUUUUGGCAGUCUUAUUGAUGUUUACCUGCUUCCCAAUCGCAAUUGUGGCUAUGUUAAAUAUGCUCGUGGAGAUAGUGCUCAAAAUGCCAUUGAUACUUUAAAUGGAGCUGAGAUUUGUAGCUCCAAGCUUAAGGUCAUGGAUGCUGAGGAACCUAACGAUAAUAAUCGCAAACGAGUUCGUCGGGCUUAAAACCUAAACAGUAUUACCUGAAAAACAAACGUAGACAGAAUAAAAGCGUUUAGUUUUGACAUCAAAUUUAAUAACAAGAACACCAGAACAAAAAAUUAAACGGGAAACGGGAAUGAAAAACAACUGAAAUUGACUGAUGAUGACCAAGACCCAAACGGACCGAGUGACCCAGACGCGACAUCAAUGAUAUAAAUUGUAUUACUUAUAACACAUUUUACUGAAAAAUCUUAAAAAAGAAGAACGAGAUAAACAAUUGAUGAAUUAAUGAUAGACGUGUAUUUUAAAACAACUUCAAUGUUUUUUUUUUUUAUUAAAAUAUAUCGAGACAAUGAACUAUUUAAUACCACUGAACGAAGCAAAAAUUAUUUAAAAGUAUUAAUUCGAAAAUUUAACGAAAAACGACAUAUAACACGACCCGAGAACUUAAAAUGAAUGUAUGAAUGACUUUUUUUUCAAAUGAAUGACCCAGGAAUUGGUCGAAACAAAUAAUUAUAUAUAUAACUUUUUACCUAUGCAAUAAAAAUAAUGAAAAAC